AUGGAUCCCAAAGAACCCGACAUCUCCACUGUAGUCACGCAUACAAUUACCUUUUCACAAUCCCCGGCCCCCAACGGCUUAUUAGUUCCUGCCACUGGUACCCACGACUCCGCCUACGGCAUGCUAGGCCUUGGCGUGAUGGAAGUUGUCAAGUCCCCGACCGGCGUGGUGGCAAGGGAUACAUCGACCUCGGCCCGGGCCACUUUUCUUCUGACUCCGAACCCGGCCGGAUGUGUUCUAAAUGCGCGCUUCUGA